AAUUAUUUGACAUAAACACCUUACACAUUUUAUUUUACAGUCUGCCAGUAUGAGUAUGGCACGCCAUUUUGAUGACGGUUUCUGGAAAGAAUUUUCCUACCAUUGAAUGCGCAUCAUUCCAUCAGGCGAUAUCGUCAACUCUAUCCAAUAGUCGGAUACAUCUCGAUGGAACUUUAACUGCGGAGGUUUCGAGAAAUAUGCUGUGGGAUUUCGGAUGGAGUUAACAAAUAGUCUGUGAAUCAUUGGCCGUUAGAUGUCAUGUAUUUUACAGAGAAAAACACAUAGGAAUCUGAAUACUCAGAGGGAACAGAUAUUUCUAAUUAAUUGUUGGGAUUAGUAUAUAAUUAAAUCUGUAAAUACCAUGAGAUUUUGGCUUUUCACCAAACGGAAAUGUGUUAUAUUGGUCAUCAUAGCUCAGAUGAUACUGUUAUCAGUUUUUUACUUACGCACUCACCAUGUGUCAUUGUGUUUCGAUUAUCUCAAAAACAGGAUCUUGUGCUUUGACCAUAUUCAUUCUAGUACCAUUGUAAAACGAGCUGCAGACAAUGCUACAUACACAAGUGAACGUGUUCCGCCAAGUCGACAGUCCGGCGUUUUGACAUCGCCGCUGUAUCCAGACAGAGAGUAUGACAUAUCGUGCAGACAGGGAGCAGAUAAACUGCGGACGGUUCCGUUGACGCUGAAUGAAGCCAAAAGAGUGCUAAAGUGGUAUGAAAGCAUCGAUGAUUAUUUUUCACCCAACCGAGCAGACCCUAUCAACAUGCCGGAAGACGACGGAAAGAACCUGUUUGAGAACUAUGACUAUACGAAGCCUUCAUCCCACGUGUUAGAAGACUCAACAGUGGAGUAUUUUCAUUUUAUAGGGAGGAAUAUAUCCUGUUACAAAUAUGGCACUGUUAAUUCGAAGAACAAGACAAGCGGAAAUGAGUGUGUGUGUGCUCCGGGUUUUACCGGAAAGUAUUGCUCUGUGCCUAAAUCCGUGGAAAAUUCUAUAAAGAAAUUAAAAGGAAAAUAUGUAUUCCAACCUCGUCGAGUUCCUCGUAGAAUCGUUUUUGCCAUGACCUUCAACACAGAACACAUCGUGCUUUUUCUUAAAAUGAUCCAGAACGCUCCGGCGGUGGACCUAUUUAUUUUCCUGGAAGGAAACGUAACGAACUAUGGCGAUCCUAAACCGCUUUACCUACUUCCUGCUUUAAAGAGAGGAUUCCUACGUCGGUGGCAUGGUAAAAUUAUGCACAUGUUUAACAGCGAAUUUGUACCUCAGGCGCGAAUCAGGGGAAAAGGUUUCGCCCAAGAAGAUUACAUUCGCACACUAUUUGGUCCCGCUAUGAAGAAACGCAUCACAAACACACGUGACGACGAUCUUUUCAUGUAUUUCGACGCCGACGAAAGUCCCGGCUUGGACGAACUACUUUUUCUCAAACUUCACGACGGGUUUCCGGCUCCAGUGGGUUUUCAAAUGCAGUUGUUUCGAUACGGGCUAUUCUGGUGGGAUUCCAAGGUUCCCUGGCCCGCCAUCGGAGUCUGCCCAAUGAAAAUGUUUUACGAUGUGUAUUCCGGUCAUGUGAAGAAUCUUCGCGGCCAUAUAAACAAUCGCCGUAACAGUCUUUUCAAGAAUUUUGGAAAGAACCCUCUGCAAAAUGUAUGGCUCAUUGGAUCGGGAAAUAACUUCGCUGGGUGGCAUCUGUCUUAUUUCGGUACCCCAGGACAAGUGUACACGAAGAUUAUAUCUACCAUCAACGCCGACUGGCCGCGAUGGGCAGAUAACCCUGUUAACAAAAAUAUUACCUAUAUUGCGGCAUUAUUCAGACGAGGUAAAUUCUUCGAUCUGAGGCACAAUUUUGUGGCACAGUGCCCUCUUGAGAACCCGCAGUUCAAAGACUUGAAAUACAUAUUUCAAUAUCCUAAAUAUUUUAAUUAUUUGUUAGAAAAUCCAACUAUCUUCGUCCCGUCAUGACAUUAAAUUUGGUUAGAUCAGCAGAGGCACGGCGGAAGCAAGUAGACAUUUGUUGUUGGG